AUGGUACCAUAUAACCAGCCGCCGCCAGCCGCCACUCAGACCAGACGUGUGGCCAGCCGCCGCCAGCCGCCACUCAGACCAGAGCGUGUGGCCAGCCCCUGCCAGCCGCCGCCAGCCGCCACUCAGACCAGAGCGUGUGGCCAGCCCCUGCCAGCCGCCGCCAGCCGCCACUCAGACCAGAGCGUGUGGCCAGCCCCUGCCAGCCGCCGCCAGCCGCCACUCAGACCAGAGCGUGUGGCCAGCCCCUGCCAGCCGCCACUCAGACCAGAGCGUGUGGCCAGCCCCUGCCAGCCGCCGCCAGCCGCCACUCAGACCAGAGCGUGUGGCCAGCCCCUGCCAGCCGCCACUCAUACCAGAGCGUGUGGCCAGCCCCUGCCAGCCGCCACUCAGACCAGAGCGUGUGGCCAGCUGCUGCCAGCUGCCGCCAGCCGCCACUCAUACCAGAGCGUGUGGCCAGCCCCUGCCAGCCGCCACUCAGACCAGAGCGUGUGGCCAGCUGCUGCCAGCUGCCGCCAGCCGCCACUCAUACCAGAGCGUGUGGCCAGCCCCUGCCAGCCGCCACUCAGACCAGAGCGUGUGGCCAGCUGCUGCCAGCUGUCGCCAGCCGCCACUCAUACCAGAGCGUGUGGCCAGCCGCCGCCAGCCGCCACUCAGACCAGAGCGUGUGGCCAGCUGCUGCCAGCUGCCGCCAGCCGCCACUCAUACCAGAGCGUGUGGCCAGCCCCUGCCAGCCGCCGCCAGCCGCCACUCAGACCAGAGCGUGUGUCCAGCCGCUGCCAGCUGCCGCCAGCCGCCACUCGCUCCGCCUUCUCUGUAUUACAUGACGUCACCACCCGUCACCAUCUUCCUCACCGCCAGUGCUAUCAAGGGUGUGUCUGUCUGUUAGAUAUACAGCACACCCCUCCUGCUAGUACCCUCCGUGUCAAGUACGGUCUAACGGUAAAGCCUGUCGUCAGUGGUAACACGUCGUAA